AUGGAUACAGGUAAUUAUAAAAUUAACUGGGCAAAUACAAAACCAUUAGUUUUCGGACAUCCUGAAUCAAUUAACGGCAAAACAAUUGAAGGAUUUGCAAUAGAUCCACCACAAAAGAAAUUCCCAGAAGGUUAUUUGCAAUCAAGUUACAACACUGUUGGAUUUAAUUAUAAAUCGAUUUCAAACAAACUUCCAAUAUUUAAUGUAUCCGAAGAUGUAUGUAAAUAUCUAGAAUUUGAAAAAUAUUGUAAUGACAAAGAUAACCAAUUCUAUAAUCCCAAUAGAGAAAAAUUCGUUUCAGCUGAUAUUAUUUCAGAUUAUCAAAAAUAUAAUGAUCAGGAAUAUUAUUGUGAAAACAAUAAAGCUGUUCUUCCAGGUCAUUUAAUGGAUAUGCCUGAAACAGAGUACACAGAAGAUCAUUUCGAAAAUCUUUGUGGAACUUAUAAAUGCAAUGGAUAUGAAAGUUUUGAGUUCCAUACUGUUGAUGCUGAUAACAAAGAAGUUACAUAUCAAUGCACUAAAAAUAAUAUCAACGAAUCUUUUUCAUAUCCUGUGAAAUUCAUAAGUGGUAAAUCUCAUCGUGUAUUGAAAGUGAACUAUUGCCCAGAUCCAGAAAGAUUUUGCCGAACAAUAAAGCUUGAUUCCAUGAAUUUCAACAAAGAUCCAAUGGAUGAAAAAUCAAAAGUUCUUGAAGGAGAUCCACAAACUCCUCCUGAAUGGUCCUUAAACUAUGAUGAUUUGAAUAAAGAGAUAAGUAAAAAUAAGGCAAAGAAGGCAGGAAAGAUUGUUGGAUAUGUCAUGAUUGGUGUUGCUGUCGUUGUGAUUAUAUGCAUUGUAGUUUAUUUCGCUUACUUUAGAAAGAAAUCCGAGGAGACACAUAGUACAGUUGUUUUAGACAAUCUCAAUAACGAUCGAGUAGUAUAA